AUGUCUUCCCCAUUCCCAAAAACAGCUGAUAAGGUCAAAGGUGUCCAAAUAUUAGGUCCAGUUCCAGAAAGUGCUAAACACAUUUUCAACCAGGAAACUUUAGCAUUCGUUGCCACUUUACACCGUGGUUUUGAAGCCAGAAGACAAGAAUUGUUGAACAACAGAAAAGAACAACAAAAGUUAAGAGACCAAGGUUUCUUACCAGACUUCUUACCAGAAACUGAAUAUAUUAGAAAUGAUCCUACCUGGACUGGUCCAUCAUUGGCUCCAGGUUUGGUUGACAGAAGAUGUGAAAUCACUGGUCCAACCGACAGAAAGAUGGUCAUCAACGCCUUGAACUCCAACGUUGCUACAUACAUGGCUGAUUUUGAAGAUUCGUUGACCCCAGCUUGGAAAAACUUGGUUGAAGGUCAAGUCAAUCUUUACGAUGGUGUCAGAAGAAACUUGACUGCCAGCAUCAAUGGUAAGAAAUAUGCCUUGAACUUGGAAAAAGGCAGACACAUUCCAACCUUGAUUGUGAGACCAAGAGGAUGGCACUUGGAUGAAAAACACGUUUUGGUUGAUGGUAAGCCAGUUUCCGGUGGUAUUUUUGAUUUUGCUGUCUACUUCUACAACAAUGCUCAAGAAACUUUAGCUAGAGGCUUUGGUCCAUACUUCUAUUUGCCAAAGAUGGAACACCACUUGGAAGCAAAAUUAUGGAACGAUAUUUUCAACUACGCCCAAGACUACAUUGGGUUGAGAAGAGGUACCAUCAGAGCUUCAGUUUUGAUCGAAACCAUUCCAGCUGUUUUCCAAAUGGAUGAAAUCAUCUAUCAAUUAAGAGAACACAGUGCUGGUUUGAACUGUGGUAGAUGGGAUUAUAUUUUCUCCUACAUCAAGUGUUUAAGAAACCACCCAGACUUUAUUUUGCCAGAUAGAUCACAAGUCACAAUGGCAGCUCCAUUCAUGUCCUCCUAUGUUAAGUUAUUGGUCCACACUACCCAUAAGAGAAAAGUCCACGCUCUUGGUGGUAUGGCUGCUCAAAUUCCAAUCAAGGACGAUGAAGAAAGAAACAGAGCUGCUUUGGCCAAUGUCACUAAAGAUAAAUUAAGAGAAGUUACUCUUGGAUGUGAUUCAUGUUGGGUUGCCCACCCAGCUUUGGUUCCAGUUGUGUUGAAAGUUUUCAACGAAAACAUGAAGGGUCCAAACCAAAUCUCAUUGCCACCAAAGGAACCAUUCAAGCCAAUCACCCAAAGAGACUUGUUGAGUCCAUUUGUUCCAAAUGCUAAAAUUACUGAACAAGGUAUUAGAGCAAAUAUCAUUAUUGGUAUCUCCUACAUUGAGGCUUGGUUAAGAAAUGUCGGUUGUGUUCCAAUCAACUAUUUGAUGGAAGAUGCCGCUACCGCUGAGGUUUCCAGAACUCAAAUUUGGCAAUGGGUUACACAUGGUGCUAAGACUGACACUGGUAAAGUUAUUGACAAGCAAUACGUUAAGCAAUUAUUGGAUGAAGAAUAUGCUAAAUUGGUCAAGAGUGCUAAACCAGGUAACAAGUUCAAGAGAGCUUUCGAAUACUUUGCUCCAGAAGCUCUUGGUGAAAAGUACUCUGACUUUGUAACAACUUUGAUUUACGACGAUGUCACUACUAUUGGCAGAUCUUUACCAGGUGAAAGAUUGUAA